UAUUCAUAUUUUGCCCUAGUUGAGGUACCAAUGCGACUGUCGGGAGGAGCGGAUUUUCAUUCGGGAAGGGUCGAGCUAUUCUACUACGGUUCCUGGGGCACGAUGUGUGCUGCAGACGACCUCAGCACGACCUCCACGCCGCACUACGCCAUGAACAUCGCAAACGUGAUAUGCCGGAUGCUCGGGUUCCCGAGGGCGUUGUCUUACGAGUGCUGCGGACACUACGGACAAGGUCUCGGAGGCAUCUUCCUGGAUACUCUCAAAUGCACUGGCAAGGGAGCCAACAUCCUCGAAUGCCCGCGGAGCGAUCAAGGAUUGCACAGGCGAUGCCAUCAUUUCAUGGACCUUGGAGUAACUUGCCAGGAAAACGUUGAUUAUCGAAUCCGCCUGGUAGGAGGCGCAUCCAAACUGGAGGGGCGAGUCGAAGUGAAGUCGGACAGCUCAUGGGGGACAAUCUGCGAUGACAACUGGGACUUGACCGACUCCAACGUGGUCUGCAGGAUGCUCGGGUACGAGCGGGCAGAGAGCUACUUCUCCUGCGAGAAAUACGAGAAGGUGUCCAAGCGGAAGCAGAUCAUUCUGGACGAAGUUGAAUGCGAUGGAACCGAGGCGAACAUCGGGCAUUGUCGGGUCCAGCAUUGGCACGACUGUACGCAUGAUGAGGAUGUCGGUAUGAAGUGUGUCGAUUGGAAAACAGGCACCUCUACAACACUGAGCUCUUCUACGAAAGCAGCUGACGUGACUGGAAAUUUGGCGAGCUACAAUGAAGCAACCACCGAAAAUCCAUCGAGAUUGCCAGCUCGUAAAACAUUCGCCUUGGUUAUAUCUCAGGUGGUGUACAUUCUAGUGGCUCUUAUUGUUAUUGUCUUAUUGACAAUAAGGAUGCAGCUGUAUAGGCGAAGAGCAGUAGAAUCGAACGUCACGGAGAUUCCUUUGACCGGAACUGAAAAAUAAGCAUCGUCAUAUGGAAACGUUCGCUUGUAUUUGUCUCAUAAAAGAAUUUGACCACGAACUGACUCCCACACGGUGUUGAGUGCUCAGGG